ACAAUAAAGCAUUUAAAUUGCUCUGUGCUCCAAUAACACUGCCCUGCCAUUAAAACAAACAUUCUUGAGACUAUUUUCUUGCAAUGGACGGACAGCAUGGAAGUACAUUACGACAUUGUUUAAUCGGGAUAGCUAUAGCAUUUAUAUUUGGAUAUGCAUAUGUAAUUGAAAUGAGAUAUAGUGAACUUCACAGUGAAAUAAAAAUACGCGAUGCGGAGUUAGCAUCCAUGAAACAGAAAACAAAAGACUUAGAAUCGAAAGUAGAAACGUUCGAAAGAAAAUAUAAACGAUGCGAAGAUAAAUAUUUUUCCGAAGAAAAGGAAAGCAGAAAUCUAACAAAGCGCAUUAUUGCAAUAGAAAGCAGAAUCGGUGAUGUGGAAAAGGAAGACAAGGGACCAGUUGUUUUCAAUGCAGCCAUCAGCAAAACAUUAGAUCUUCAACCAAACACUCCGGUCAAUGUUGUGUAUGACACAGUUUUAUAUCAAACUGGCAGUGUGUACAACCCACGGAAUGGUUUCUUCACAGCGCCCUCUGGUGGACUUUAUGUGUUUUCGUGGUCAACAUUGGUUGCAGCUCGUAAGAUAUUUGAUGCAGAACUUUUGGUUAACGGCCAAAGAAAGGGUUUAGGAAACUGUAACAAUGAAGCCAAUCCUGGAUACGAAAACUGUGCAAAUACCAUUCCUGUUGUUCUAAAAUCUGGAGACGAAGUUAAUAUACGUACAACUACUGCAAAUUUUGCCUAUGGAGAUCAUUGGUCAAGCUUCAAAGGAUGGAAAGUUUGGUAAAACAUUUUCAAUU